UACAAAGGGCUAUUAAUGGUAGGUAGUAACUUAUUCUGGGCCUCUCGCUGUGUGAUCUUCGGAAACCAAGUUAAGCGCGUCCCACCUGUGCCGAAACCGCCUCCCUCCCUACUUCCUUCCUUCCCCCGGGCGAUCUGGGGCCAGGACUGCGACAGAAAACCCCUACCCGCAGAGCUCGGAUCCCUGCCACAGACUCGGCGUUUACAGCCGCUGGUCGCGGACGUCAUUUCCGCCCGCGCGAGGCCUUCCGGAGCAGAGGUCACAAUGGCGGUGGUCGCCUUAGCUCGGCUGGGUCUUCGGUCUGUUAAGGAGGUUCGGAUUCAGUUCUGCCCCUUCGAGAAGAACGUGGAGUCGACGAGGACCUUCCUCCAGGCGGUGAGCAGCGAGAAGGUCCGCUCCACCAAUCUCAAUUGCUCGGUGAUUGCGGAUGUGAGGCACGACGGUUCCGAGCCCUGCGUGGACGUGCUGUUCGGAGACGGGCACCGCCUGAUUAUGCGCGGCGCCCGGCUCACCGCCCAGGAAAUGCUCACUGCCUUCGCCUCCCACAUCCAGGCCAGGGCCGCGGCAGGGAGCGGGGACAACCCCAGCGCUGGUGCCGGCCAGGGCUAACGGCGCGAACGAGGCCAAUGGCAGAUUUUAGCCUGGGACUAGGACAUUUACCUAAGAAGAGUUUGACUUCAUCACUCAAAUCACUGGAGGGACUACGGAGCACCAGCAAAACAAACAAACAAACAAAAAUAGCCCUGCGACUGCGACCAGUGUUUCUGGGACAAGAUCGGACAGGGGUUUGGAUGACCAUGAAUAAUUUCACUUUUUUACCAUCCCUCGCUGUUUAACCCUUUAAAUUUGGCUUCUCCCGCUACUCACAGAAGGUACCUCUUACUCAUAUUAGUCAAAUUCAGUGCUGUUUUACCAGACUGCAUCUUUCUGUCUCAUUUGCUACUUUUUGUUCAACCCCUGUGGAACCUUUUUCCCUCUUAGAUCCUUUUUCUUCUCCUAACCAUAAAAGUAUACUACCCUUAUCCUUUUUUUUCUUCCCUCUAUUUUCUGCUGGGGCCAUCUCAUCCUCUCUCAUAACUAUCCUGUCCCAGCUUAACUCCUCCAUUUUUGUUUGGUUCUCAUACCACCUUCUGUGUUACCGUUUCACUGUUCAAGUUGUUAUCCUUCUCUCCCAAAUCUCACCAACCCUCUUUGUUUGAAAUAGAAUUGAUAACGGUACAUGCACAUAUACUUGUUUCUCCCCUGACUUACCAUUCCUGUUCAGGCACUUCAUCUGCCCAGCCAUCCAGGCUUGAAACCAUAGCAUUAUCCCUGGUUCCUCCCUCUCCAUUUCUCUGCAUGUCCUGUUAGUAAGUUCAGAAUAUUCUGUUUUAAAUAAAGCUCGUAAAAUGUUUUCUCCUUUCCAUUCACUCUCCUGUAUCAUUGUCGCACCCCACCCCUGACCUGAUCUCUUUCUUAAUUAUUUUUGCUGCUGCUUAAUCUUAUCUUUCCAAAGUACAUCUCCCACCACCACCUGCUUGAAAAAACAGUGACGAAAAUAGUGUUUUUCAUAUUGGCUUACCACCCAUUAGUGUGGAUCAUGAAAUCAAUUUAGGUUGUUAAAGCAGCCUAAAAAAAUGUGAAAUAGAAUAAAAAGUAUCAGAGUGCAUAGCACAUGGUAUUGGGAGUAUUCUUUUAGGAAAUUUGGUUUUAAGGUUAUAAUCGUGUGUGUGUAUAUAUAUUAUAUGUGUAUUUGCAUGUACAAGUUACAGUAUAAAAUUAUUUCUUACUGUGGGUUGUUGGUUGAAAGCCAUUGGUUUAGAGAAGAACUUCAGAAGGCUCAGCCAGGUAAUCAAGGACCUCCAGACACUGGCUGCUGUGUACAUUGCCAAAUACAUUUCCCAUGAUUUUCCUAUAAUAUGACCAUACUGCUUCCCUGCUUAAAAGCGUGCUAUCUUCAAAGCAUUCUUUUCCCUCUUCCCCCUUUAAAAACAAGAAAAAUAUCAGGAGACAGUAUGUAUAAUAGUUAAGAGCCAGAUCUGCCUGGAAUUGAAAUCCUGGCUUUACCUUAUGUGACAUUGGACAGAUAAUUUAAUCUCUCAGUGCCUGUUUCCUCUUUUGUAAAAUAGGGAUAAUAGUAUCUACCUCAUAGGACUGCUGUGAUGAUUAACUGAGUUAAUACCUGUAAAGUGCUCAGAACCUUGCUGGAAGCAAAGUAAAUGCUGUUAUCCAAGAAGCCUCAUACUUAGUCAAAGAACACUGACAAUCUGAAUUUGAGUUCUCCAUUUCCAUAAUUAACUGAUUUUUACCAUGGGAUAGUCUUAACCACUCAUUUCUCAUUGGUAUAAAUGGGGAUGGUUCAAGCAUUUCUGUAACUGUGGAUUGAGUGCUGGCUGUACUGAAGUGUGCAUUUGAGGUUGGGGUUGUCAUCUUCUCUGUGUCCUCAGCACGUUUCAGAGUCUCUGAAACAGUAAUAAAUGUUGAAUUUACAAAUA